AUGGUCACACAUUACCCUUUCGUAAUUGUUCCACGGGGACAAUCUGUCAAAGAGUUGGCGCAGAACCGGCCAGGCCUGUGCCUCGCCACCUUUGCAGCAGCUGCCCACGAUAAUGUGCAACUUCAGCGAUCACUCAACACACUUUUCAACAAGCUUAUCUCUGCAAGACUUCUGAAAGGGUCCUUCGCAAGUCUGGAUAUACUACAGGGCCUUCUUGUCCAUGUUGCAUGGCGCUAUACACAGUACCUCCAUCUGGCUACUAGCAUCGUGAGUGAUUUGAGAAUUGACCAGCCAAGAAAGCCUAGGUUAUGGAGUGUAGAUGGGGGCAAGGAGAGGGAUUCUGCCGACUGGGGGAUCGAGGAAAUGAGAGCUCUCGCUGGUGCCUACUAUUUGUCAUCGAACACCUCAAUUUUGCUGCACAAGUCGCGCCAUUUCACUCAUAGUUCCUACAUUUCGCGUUGCGUCGAAUAUAUUUCUGCGAACGCAGAAGUCCCAACAGAUACUCAUCUGCGGUACCUAAUUCAGCUUCAAAGGUUGACAGAAGAGAUCGACGAUGUCUGGAAUUCUGAUUUAGAUGGCUUGGAAAAGCAACGAGCUGGAGAAACCAUACGACACGUCGCCACCAAUUGUGAAACGAUCAAGUCCAGUUUGCCUUUUCCCAUCAACGAAAGCCUUCCUAUUCUCUUUCAAUUCAACUUAUUGGAACUUUUCUUAAGCCAAUCCUCGCCCGGAGGAAGUCAUUACGGGGUUGAUAAAUUCGAUAAGCCGGUUCCGGCCCAGCCCAGCCAAAACUCCAACUUAAUCGACUGGCUAUCGGCAAGUAUUUCUGCUGCGCAAUCGAUAAUUCGUAUCAUCAUUGUUCUCCCGUCUGGAGAAGAGGCAAUCUUGUCGAACAUUUCAUGGAUCAUCAUAUACUGUGCUCUUUCACUGGCUGUACGCUUGGACCUCACAGCCGCCAAGACCGCCUCCACCCAAUUUCUCAGACGCUUCCUCGAUAUGUCCCAGACUCUCCGACAAAUCUGCAUCCGUCUUGAAGCAGCUUCAGGGGAAGAUGCUGACGAAACUGGUGAUCGCAAUGCCUUUUAUCACUUGGCUCUUCGAGCUCGCCGUCUCGAGAAGUGGUACCAGAAACAGAGCGCUGAGCAACCGGACGACAGUCAUCAAGAUCAGGGUCCUGUGGACAACGACCCAUCACUUUCUGAUUUAGCACCAAGCUCUGUGGAUAUGUCGGAUGAUAGCAUGGAUUUUGGAAUGUCCUCAGUUUUAUUUUCAGACACAUUAGGCUUCCCGAUACAUCUAGAUAUAGAGAACGAGGGGAUGUGGAGCGAUUUCACUCCGGCGGGCUGA